AUGGGUGCAACAAAUAAAAAACAAGAAUGCGCAGUUUGUGGAGCGCCAAAGUCAAUCGAUGGUAGCGCAUUAUCACAAUGUAAGCAAUGCAGUAUGGUAGUAUAUUGUGGCGAAGAGCAUCGAAAUUUUGAUUGGAAGCGGCAUAAACCGCUUUGUAAAACUGUACAAUCUCAACUAACAAGGACUACUAUUACUACCAGUACUACUACGACUACUACUAAUACUAAUACAAUAACAACAACAACAACAAUAAGUGCUACUACAACUACAACAAGUCAUGCUAGUUGUACGACAGCGACAACUGCAAAAUGUUUAGGCAACAAUUUGUGUAAGCACAUUAUUAGCACAAGCAAUCCAGACAAUCAAAUUCUUGAAAAAAUCAUUAGUACAUCGGAGAAAAUACCGAGGAAGAGAUUACUGCCAAUGAAUUGCAGGCAUUCUCAACUGAUUGAUCACUUUACUAAUCCUGUCUUCACGAUUAGCUUACAUGAUCAUUUGAAAAUACUUUCCGCAAAUGGACUAGCAGUUCAUCAACAACAAGCAGUUGCUUUGCAUCUUAAGUGCAUUGCGGAUCAUGCUAUUAAAUGUUUGAAUGAUUAUGGAUGGGCUAUUAUUGAUAAUUUUCUUGGACAAAAUCGUUGUUCUCACAUUCAUAGGGAAAUGAAUUAUUUAUACAAUAGUGGUGUCUUUAAACCAGGACAAUUGAUGGAAACACGAGUGAAUUCAAAUUCACAAAAUAUACGAUCAGAUGAGGUUUAUUGGUUUGACAGCAAUGAUGAACGAGUAAGUGUGGCAGUGACAGUUCGUUUGCUUGUCUCAAUGAUUGAUUCGACCAUUGUUCAUUUUAAUGGCCGUAUACCCUAUGAAAUUAAUGGACGCUCACGGGCAAUGCUAGCAAUAUAUCCAUCAAAUGGAACGCAUUAUGUAAAGCACAUUGAUAAUCCAAUGAAAGAUGGUCGUUGCAUUACUGCUAUUUAUUAUUGCAAUCAAAACUGGGAUGUUGAAAAGGAUGGUGGUUGCUUCAGGCUUUUUCCUGAAACAUCAGGUGUUCCAUUGGAUAUCGAACCACGAGCUGAUCGUUUAUUGCUUUUAUGGUCAGAUCGUCGAAAUCCACAUGAAGUUCGACCAGUAUAUCGAGAUCGCUAUGCUAUAACGGUUUGGUAUUUUGAUACGAGUGAAAAAUUAGCAGCAAUAGCAAAGAAGCAUAAGCAAAAUAUGGUAGAUGAAAAAGUUGAAAAUAAGCAAGAAUUGCAGCAAACCAUUCUGCUUAAUAAUGAACAGAAGUUGCAGCAAUCACGACUUUCUUCAUCAGAUAAUUUCGCAAAACGAGAAUCGGGCAUAUUGUCAUCGCAUGACAACAUUUCAAGUAAUUUUAACAUUUUUCAUCCUACCGUAUCAUCUACACAACAAUCACCAUCAUCACUACAAACCACUUUUGGAACAGAGAAGAUCAUGAAACACGGAAACGGUAUGCAAGUGCUUCAAUCAUAUUUAUGA